AUGCACAACUUCACCCAAACAGUACCAAUCAACCCCCUAAUCGACUACUAUUGCAAACUCAUCCUCGACAUUUGUAUGUACCUCUCCAUCUUCAUCGUGCCACUCCUCUUCUACCUAGUUUUCACUCAAUCUAAAUGCAUAAAACGCUACAAAUACUUCCUCAUGAACAAUAUAUUUUGGUGUGUACUACUUACGAUAACCUUUUGGUACUGUAAGAUUCAUUUACACUUCCCAGCGGCUUGUGUCCACUUUGAACCCUUCUUCCCAUCCCUACCCUUCAGUAGCUCUUUUGCCAUGUAUCUGUUCACUAUUGGCAUUGUGAACGUGCUAGCUAGUAUGGCUUGUACUAUAUUGUAUCGGCUUGCACAUGUAAGUGGAAUUUUUAAUCUUUAGGGGAUUUGAAAUGCAGGUUUUUAAAUUUUUAAUUAAAAAUAGCUUUAAAAUUAAUACUUUUUUAAUUUUAAAUUAGGUUUAACUUCCGUAUUGAGACCAACAGAAGGGCAGUGUAUAACAAGGUAGAAAAAACAAAGAAAAACGCGAGAGAUCAGGGCAGCAUGACAAAGCAGAGCAGAGCAGGCAACACAAUUUUAAAUAAGCUUUACUUCUUUAUUAAAAAAUUACAAAAGUUUGUCGUUUUUUAAUACAUGUGCAAGUUGACGACAAGACUUUUUUUGCUUACAUAUUGACAUUUUUAAAAUGAGUUGACAACUAAAAAUUUGUAUAACAUUACAAACAAGUUAAAAUUGUUCACUAAGCCAUAAAGUUACUGUAUCUCACAAAAUUCUAAAACCACACAUUAAAUUUUAUUUGGCCUUAGGCCAAAUAAGUUUAUUAACGCACUUAAAGUAACUGUGACAUUUCUUUUUGUAAGUCAUAGAUCACUUUUUUUAAUUUUUCAAAACUAAUGUUUAAAAAAUGCCAUGCCCUAUCCUAAAAAGUGCCUUGCCUUGCUUAAAAAUGUCAUGUUUUACUCAAAAAUGUAACGUGCUUUACUCAAAGAAGUGGAACACCCUACGCAAAAAAUUUCAUGCCUACUCAAAAAUAGCCAUGUUUUGCUUAAAAACGUACUUUGCUUCACUCAAAAAAGCUAUGCCCUACUCAAAAAGUGAAAUGCUCUACCUAAAUUUACAAAAAAUAGUCUGAAAAAGUAAAAAAAAGUCUUGUCGUCAAUUUACAUUGGCUUGCACAAUAAAAAAAGACAAGACUUUUCUUGCUUUGAAAAUAGUAAAAGAACAAAAAAAUUGAAAAUUUUUUUUAAUUUAAAAAAAAUUCAAAAUUUAAUUCCUCUUAUUUUCAGGCCCAAAUGGGAAGCCUACAGUACCACUUGGACAAUUCCAAGCGUUUCUACAUUGGCUUCGCUAUGUUCCAAGUGAUAGCCUCUAUCAGUUUCAUGGGCUCACUCCGUGCCAUUCAAAUCACAGACCCAGCUGAAGCUGAUGCCGAGCUAGCACUUCGUGUACCUCAUCUCCAGAACUCGACCGUGCCUUUUAUUUGUGUAGCCAGUGGAUUCCCGGCUAUUUUCAUUAGUUUCGGCGCUUCAAUGCUACUCAUACUGUUUGCCAUUGUUGGUGGUGUUAUGUUGAUCAUGUUGCACAAGAAGCUGAUGUCGAACAAAGUUAGGCUUAGCGAGAGGACGGCCAAACUUCAGUUCAUGUUGUUCUACGCGUUGAGUGUGCAGAUAGUCAGUUACUAUGUCUUCGAGUUGUUUCCAUUAAUAUUCGACUGCCUCGGCUUUACCGUGGGAUUUGUGCACGGUGAAGCGGUUACAUUGAUUAUGGAGGCGUUGACAUCUGUUCACAGUAUUGUGGAUUACAUAUGUAUCAUCUACUUUAUCGUGCCGUACCGUCGAGCUGUGGUGAAGAUGGCUAGAAGGUUGACUAGGCAGAAGAUUGGUCCAAGGAGACAAUCGACCUUCUCUUCUGGUGUAUCUGAUGCCAAAUCCAACUUUGACUUACAUCGGAGAAUGUCCAAAUUUACUAGAUUUUAA